UUCAUUACAAUCACCCGGAUCCGUCUUGCUAGCAAGAUGUCCUCCACAGACCAAUCAUUCUUUGAUAAGGAGCGGGACAGACUGACCGCUGAAAUCGCUUCGGGGUUCGAAGAAAUGCUAUCUUCGAGCAAUGUGCUCAAUCGCAAACUCGAGGAAGUUCUCGGCAUGACAAGAGAAUACGAAACCAUAGCGUCUCUUUGGCAGACAUUUCAUGAACUCAUGCGGGGUCAGAAGGUGGAAGCGGAGCAGGACAGGAUGGUGGGCCUACCGGGUACGGGUUCACACCACGUAUCGCAACCAAAGCCGCAGACCUAGAAUUGGUGAAUGCUAUACCAUGUGCUCGCAUGUUCGGCGCGUAAUUCUGGGACAGGACAAGGCGUCCCUGUCAAUGCUACUCGCCCUCACGCGCCUCCCUGUUUGGUGAAGCAACAGACAACACAGUACAAUAGCAGACGCAGCACGUAGAGUAGCACAUGGUGGAGAAUUCUUCGGUCAUGAACGACUACAGGAGCAAACACAAACCAACGAUGCAACACCUCUCAAGAUCUCACCUGCCGUGACAAUAGUACCACAUCGGCUCUUGCGUCUCCGGCAACCCCAGUUCACUCCUGAUAAACUCAAUAAACCGCGUCUCUGUCUC